AUGGAUAUGGUCAUGAGCAAGGUGGGUUCUUAUUGGCUGGGUCAACAAGCCAAUACCCAAAUUAGCUCUGUUGGCAAUGAGAUCAAUUCAUUGUCGAACAGCAUCGAAGGAGGAGCCAAAUGGUUAGUCAACAAGGUUAAAGGAAAAGUGCAGAGGCCCCUAACGGAGCUGCUCAAAGAAUACGACCUGGCGGUAGGAAUAUUCCCCCGUGACGCCACCAACUAUGAGUUUGACGAGAGCACGAAAAGGCUUACGGUGCACAUCCCAUCAGUGUGCGAAAUAUGUUAUCGUGACCAAUCGAUGGUGCGUUUCUCUACAGUCGUGACGGGUUACUUGGAGAAAGGCAAGUUGUCCGAGAUUGAGGGGAUGAAGACAAAAGUGAUCAUUUGGAUCAAGGUUUCGUGCAUAAUGUCCGAAGAAUCGAAGCUCCAUUUCACGGCCGGUAUUAGGAGAACAAGAAACCGGGAAGUGUAUGAGGUUUAUCGAGACGGUAUAGGGGUCGACAAAUUCUGA